CACAGCAGAUCCUCAGCCCAGCACACUGCACAGCUACAGAAAGGUAGAGCGACAAACUGGCACAUACAGCACACGGCUGCUACUACUGAGCAGACCAGCUCAGGACAGGGAGGACACAGAGACGUUGACAGCUCAGUAUUUGAGUGUUACACUGGGUCGGAGCUACAGGUUGUUACAGACAGGGUUCACUUUGUGCGGGUGAGAUUGGCUCUGUCUCUCACUUGCAGAUAUAUAAGCUUCUUGUUGCAGACUGAAACCACAAGCAAGUGGACUUUACUUUGGCAAAGAGACAGAAGAACUGAUCUUAAGUCUGUAUUUGGAGAUGACAUUGAAGAGCUAAGCGAACUGGUGGUUGAUGGAGUUUGUGAGGCGGAGUGGUGAUUACUGUCACGCCCAACACAUGUAAAUGUCUCCUGGGAUGAAGCUGCAUCAUGCACUCCUGGGGGUCUGAGCCCUGAAGAUUAAUCCCUGCCCUUUGACCCAGGCAGCUCAUGGGGUAAGACGCGGAGACCGGCCCCUGGAAGUUUACUGGAGAGAGAAGGCACUAGACAGAGAGCUGCUGAAAGACACACUGAACAAACUAAGAGGUCAAACCAAAGACACUAACUCACACAGAGCGGACUCACUCUAGCCUCUUGGACUAUAUAGGAUACAGGCAACUGAUGGGGUAAACUGUUUUCAAAACUACAUAACUGGAAAUAUCUAAAACGGGCUGCAAACAGACUCUGGACAAGAAGUUUCAUUUUAGACUCACCUGGAAAUCUGCAAGACUGAGCAACAGCUGCUACACCUGAAACCAAAGGUCAAGGUUCAUUCUGGGAUGUCAAAGCUCACACUACCCACCAUGAACCGCCCAGCUCCAGUGGAACUCUGCCACAAGAACAUGAGGUUCCUGAUCACACACAACCCCACAGACAGUACCCUCAGCUCCUUUAUAGAGGACCUGAAGCGAUUUGGAGCCACCACAGUCGUUCGAGUUUGUGAUGUCACAUAUGACAAAACACCCCUGGAGAAAGAUGGCAUCACUGUGGUGGAUUGGCCAUUCGAUGAUGGAGCUCCACCUCCUAGUAAACUGGUUGAAGAUUGGUUGAGUUUGCUGAAGAAGAAGUUUCAGGAGGAUCCAGGAUGUUGUGUUGCUGUUCACUGUGUAGCCGGUCUGGGACGGGCACCUGUGCUGGUUGCUUUGGCUCUGAUAGAGAGUGGAAUGAAGUAUGAAGAUGCUAUUCAACUCAUCCGACAGAAGCGCCGUGGAGCCAUCAACAGCAAACAGCUGACAUAUCUGGAGAAAUAUCGAUCCAAGCAGAGACUGCGUUUCAAGGACUCACAUACACACAAGAACAAGUGUUGCACCAUGUGAAUACAAACACACACAAAAGAUAAUGCUCUCAGGAAUCUGUCUGCACAAGCCUUGUGUCACUGUCACACACUCUAAAGUAUAUAAAUACAUGAGAUUUUAGUAGACCAUUUGUACCCAGGAAUUUUAACAUGUGUUUACAUUUGUGUCAUGGUUUCAAAUUCCUCUUCUUCUUUGUUCAGGAGGAUUUUAUUGGCGUGUUCAUUUUCUAAUAUAGUUACAUUCAGAGAACAAAGAUGGGAAAAAUGUGUGAGAAGAAAUCAGUAAAUAAUGUAAAUGUUUUUAUGCUGAUUUUUUUUUGAGGAAAAUCUGCUUUUAAGUUCAUUUUAGUGAGAGACACAAGAUCUGGUGAGGGUGUUAGAGUGAUAAUAUAAGGAGAAUAAACCUCCUUUUCGUAAACCUCAAUGCAUGGUGUGUGCCCACAAAAAAAAGAGAAAUUUGUGGUAAGGUUUUCUCAACGUCAAACUGUAUGGAAUAUUUUGUGUACAUUUUUGAUCUGUUUGAGCUUUACUAUAAUCAAGGCAUUAUUUCCUAUGUGCUUUAGAUGAAGGGGAAUGGACUUCUGUUUGUGGUUGUUGUUAUUUACUCUGUAGCAGUUAAAUAUCAAAAACUGAAGAAGGUGAAACAUCUUUAACACCUGAAAGUCCAUGUAUCUCUGAGCACGUAGGAAAACCAUGACUCAGAUUAUAAUUUUUUUUCUUUUGAAUGUGUUUUGCUACAACAAACGGGAAAUGAUGAGACCCAUAUUCUUCACCGAAACACAGUAGAAUGUUGCAGGUUGAAAACCAGCUUCCAAGAUGCUAGAUCAACCUAGAUGAAGCUUUAACCAACAUUUAUGUUGUUUUACUGGUCACUUCACUGCGCUGAAGUUUUGUGUUUACAUAUCAGUGUGUGCAUUAAUGGAUGCUCUGUUUACUGUUAUCAAACAACAUGGAUUUCUUAGCAGGAGCUAAAUCCAAGCCAGAUUUUAACUGUUUGCUAUUAUGAAUUAUAAAAAAGGAGAAUUGUAGUAAAUCCACAGGAGCAACACAAAACUAAAAUGUAAAGUAGUUGUAAAUAUAUUAAAACAAACAGUAUUAGGCAGUGUGAACUACUUGCAAAAAUUUAAAAUCAAAAUUUAAUAAUUGCAGGUUUUCCACAUUUCUUUGGUCAGACAGGAUUUUGCAUUAAAUGAGCAGUAAACAACUCUGAUGAGCUAAUUUUUCCACUAGUGGCCACACAGAUGGAAAUAGCUGAUAUACAGUCUAGCAAAAAUAUGUGAUUUAACUGCUUUGUUGUGCAUCUGUUAGACUAGAACAUAUCCUUUUUCUUUUAAAUUGGAUAUUUGAUGUCAGUUUGUAUUGUUCUGGAUGAUGCAUAUAAACAACUGCUGACACGUUUUCUUUCUUUUCACUGAAAUCCACUGACAAUAGAGCAUGUACUUUGUAUUAGUUUGCUGCUUUUGAUUGACUCCUCAUGACAAUUUUUCAUCAUCAAUAAUAAAGAAACCUUGAGCUCAUUCCUGAAGAAUAAUUUGUGA